CAUGGGCACUUGGUUUAAUUUCUAGAAGAUAGACACAAUAAAAGAUAUCAUGCUGAAGGAACUUUGUCUGCUACUUUGCGCCACUUACGUGGCUGCAACCUUCAGCACAGGUUACCCCUCCUAUCCCACCAAUCAAUACCAGCCCUAUCCCUCUUCUGGAGGAUCUAGAUACGUAGUUUACCUCCAAUAUCUGUACUACCUGUACGUAACCUAUGGACCAACCUCUGUCCAGUACCGUCAGCUCUACUACUACCUGAUCCGACUCCACGUCAUUCCUUCAGGAUUCAACUUUGGGGGCUCUCCUGGUGGGUUUCCAUUAGGAGGUUCCACUGGAGGAUUCCCAAUCGGCGGUGGUAUUGGAGGACUUCCAUUUGGAGGAUCUGGCUCCCCAUUUGGAGGAAGUGGAUUGGGAGGUGGAUUCCCAAUUGGAGGCGGUAGUCUUGGUAGUGGUUUACCUAUUGGAGGAUCAAGUUUCCCAAUUGGAGGCGGUAGUCCAGGAAGCAGUUUUCCAAUCGGUGGUGGAAUAAGUGGUCUUCCUAUUGGAGGAUCUGGCUUUCCAUUAGGCGGAAGUGGUUUGGGAGGCAGACUUCCAAUUGGAGGCGGUAGUCUUGGGAGUGGUUUACCUAUUGGAGGAUCAAGUUUCCCAAUUGGAGGCGGUAGUCCAGGAAGCAGUUUUCCAAUCGGUGGUGGAAUAAGUGGUCUUCCUAUUGGAGGAUCUGGCUUUCCAUUAGGCGGAAGUGGUUUUGGAGGCGGACUUCCAAUUGGAGGCGGUAGUCUUGGGAGUGGUUUACCCAUUGGAGGAUCAAGUUUCCCAAUUGGAGGCGGUAGUCCAGGAAGCAGUUUUCCCAUCGGUGGUGGAAUAAGUGGUCUUCCUAUUGGAGGAUCUGGCUUUCCAUUAGGAGGAAGUGGUUUAGGAGGGGGUCUUGGCGGAUUUCCAUCAAAUGGUGGUUCUUUAAGCUUCUCUAGCAGUGGUUCUAGCUUUCAAUCUGGUAGCUCUGGAUUCCCAAGUGGAGGAUCCCCAAUUUCCGGUGGAUUCCCAGGAUCAUCCGGUCUGAGUGGAUUCCCUAACGGACUUUCUGGCCUAACAUCUGGACUUAGUGGAUUAGGUGGUUUAGAUAACGGAUUCCCAGGAAGUUUUGGUCCAAGCAGAGGUCAUGGCGGAUACAAACAAAAAGGUGGAGUUUACUAAGAAGUGGACUUUAAUUGCUGAACGUGGACACAACAAAUGAAUGUUUGACUUUUGAUAUGUAAAUAAUUAUGUGUGAUGGUUACGGAAUAAAUAGCAGACGCCCCAAAA